AGAUUACAUAAUACUAUUAAUUGCUAUAAACGUGCUAUCUCGGAACGCAUCUGUCUCAUGAUUGCGCUUAAUUACGGUAAUUCUGAUAAGAGGACAUUCGUAAUCCUCCAUCGGCAAUCUCUUAAUCCAGAUAUUGUUCUAUAAUUGUGGUUUGGCACGUGAAAUUCGAGCAUCGUCUCGAUCAUGCGAACCGGAGCAAAAGUACGAUCUACGGACGGUGUACGUAAUAUAAUAGUUGGCCACCGUUUGCCGAGAGUGAUGAUUAGUAUAAAGUAGAUAAUGGUCGUCUGCGUUGUGUAUCAUCAUCCAGACUGUCGUAUUCGUCGUUAUCGUUCGUAACUGAAACAACAGAGCUGAAUUUUCCGGCCUUCGGGUAUAUUGCGUUCCCCUCGCCGCGCGUGUUGUUGUGCUUACGGCGAUAUAAGAAAGAUAAUUCUAUCGUGUGUUUGAACUGUGAAAUAUUCUGAUAAGCAGUGACACGUCGUAUAAUGCGAUCGUUCGACGCCAUUAGUAUUUUGUUCGUCUCUUACCUGUCUGGUUGAGAGAGAUCGAGAGAAGAGGGAAAGAAAGAAAGUGAAAGAGAAAAGCCGAAAUUACGCGAAAUCGAUUAUGUUAUAUGAAUUGUUCGAAUUCUCCAGUUAACGAAAAAUCUUUGAGAAUUAAAUCUUAGAUUUUUUUCUGUGAAUUUCAAUAAUCAAAGAUAUAUCGAUCCCGUCUUAUAGAUCUCCGCGAUGUAACUUUAGUGACGCGUUGUUUGCCGUGUGUUUAUCUUCUAAAUGAUAAAUGAAAAAUAGAAAGAAACGAGGGUACCGUGGAAAAGUUUUAUCUCCUGCGCGCUUUGACGAGGGUGAAGAAAACUGUAAAAUAAAUUCUGAUAAGUCGCAAACGCUGCUGGGAGACGUCUCGGAUCGGAGUAACAAUUAUUUUCGCGAGAUUAUAAUAAUCGCGAUCGGGAAUGAUGGAUGACAGUGGCAAGAAAUUUCGAAAAAUGACGUUAAUCUCGAGUUUUGAAUUUAGAGUACAAAAACAUUAAAACAGUGGCCAGAAUUGAACUAAAAGAAAACUGAUUUAAUCUGAAAUCUAGUUUAUAGAGAAAAAUAAUAGUGGCGAGAAUCUUGAACGAAAGUCUCUGUAGUUACUGACGUUAUAUUGGACCAGUGAUUUUGGGAUAAAUGUUAUUCUGGAUAAUUACUUGUGCUCGAUCUUUAAUUACAUAGCGUCCGUGGAUUGUAUGGUAAUAGUGAUAAUUAGACGCGAUAAUAAAAUUUCGAUACUAAUAGUGAUAGAUAAAUAUUUCAAUUUCGAUUUCGAUAAGCGAAUAUGCGGCGUCUUAUACGAUGGAAUCCGAAUACUUCGAUUCUUCGUGGAAAAUCAAAGUAGAAUGGAUUCGUAGACGGCUGAGAACUGCCUUCCAAAGUAUGAUGGCACGAUAUUACAAGUCCAAGAGGAAGGGCUACACCAGAUUUCUUACGGAAGAGGAACAAAGGUGGCUGGCUGCCGCCGAGUACGAUAUAUCCACCCGGCUUGCAAUACCUUAUGGAGCUUGAUUACCUUUUCAUGAACCAGAAAAUUGAGUUGCUUCAAGCUUUUACCGGAUGGGAGACUAAAAAUAGGUACACUGUUACGGACAUCCGCGGCGAACCAAUGUUUUAUGUGGCCGAAGAAUCGCACAUUUGUUGGCGAUUGUGCUUCGGCAAGUACCGCUCCUGCGAAUUCAGCAUCUUCGAUCGAGAUCGGCGGGAGGUCCUGCAUAUGAUUCGUCCCUUUAGAUGCGACAGUUGCUGCUAUCCCUGCUAUUUACAGGUUUUAGAGGUUUAUUCAGGAAACACUCUGCUAGGCAGCAUUACUCAAGAAUGGAGUCUCUGGCGACCGAUAUUUUAUAUUCGCAAUGCAUCCGGCCAACCGGUGUUAAUGAUAAAGGGACCAAUUAUCCGUUUCUGCGUUCAAGUAGAUUUUAAGGUCAAAUCCAUAGAUGGAAAGCAUCGCGUCGGCAAGAUCCAGAAGCAAUGGAGCGGUUUUGCUCGAGAGUUUUUUACCGCUUCCGAUAUGUUUGGCAUUAAUUUCCCGCGCGAUCUCGACGUAAAUAUAAAGGCCGUGCUACUAGGAGCAUGUUUUCUUAUAGACUUCAUGUACUUCGAAAAUCAGGAAGUCAAUUUGUUUUAAUAUUUAAGAGAAAAAUGAAACGCAAGCUGUGUGUGCUUAUAUAAGCUUAUAUUUAUACUGUAAAAGAUAUUUUACGCGCAAUGAAAAUGAAAACAAGGAUAAAUACGCGCACUCGCGACAAAAUCCUACCAAUCGUGAGCUGUGAGAUAAGCUGCAUACAUAUAUAUCGCUAUUCUAUUUUUUAAGCAAUUUACAAAUAGUAAGGUAUGUUAUUUUUGUUAUUUUUUAUAUAUAUAACGGGAAUGUAUAAAUAUAUUAAACGCCGAUUUACACUCGUGAAAAUGUGAUCAAACUUAUGUUCGUUGCCUAAAGCAUAAAGUUUGAUCUCGAGAAGCUCUCUAUUUUUUGUAAACUCUAUUUUUGAUAAUAAUCUAUGUCUCCAUUUCAAUGAUUACUUAUUAAUUCACAAUAUAUCUACCGUUCUUUGCUCUAAGUUGUCUUCCGAACAACGAUAACAAUGAAUAGUAUAAACUACUAUAUUAUAAUUAAUUUAAUAAAUAAUCAUUUUUUUCA